AGAGAACUCACCAUCGGGGCUGAGUUUGGGAGAAACUGCACAGACAGGAUUCUAAAGUUAGAAUCUCCUGAUUUUCCACAAGAUGCUGGACUGGAGAUUGGCAAGUGUACAUGUUAUCCUGGCCAUGACAUUGAUGCUGUGGGGCUCAGGAGAGGUGCUCUCAGUGGAUGUAGCAACAGAGGCUUUGGAUGCUGGAAUCCGAGAUGCAGAGUCACCACCCACAGUUAGGGAAGAGAAAUCAGCAGCUGACCUGGCAGCAAAACUCAUGCUUCUUGAUGAACUGGUAUCUCUGGAGAAUGAUGUGAUUGAAACAAAGAAGAAAAGGAGCUUCUCUGGAUUUGGGUCUCCCCUAGACAGACUCUCAGCUGGCUCUAUGGAUCACAAAGGUAAACAGAGGAAAGCAGCAGAUCAUCCAAAAAGGCGAUUUGGUAUCCCCAUGGAUCGGAUCGGUGGAAAUCGGCUUUCAAACUCCAGAGGCUAAUUGUUUCCAAUCAUGUGACUUCCUUGGGUGAAAUGUCACAGAAACAUGGAAGAUGCUCCCUUUAAUCAUCUUUAAUGAUUAAACUUUAAAGAAACUGGCCUUCUGCGAAUUCUUUCCGAAGCUUGAACUUAGGUCCAUCACAUCAUGGUAUUGUUACAGCUUCAAGAAAAUUUUGCAGAUCAUUUCAAUGCAUGGAUGUUUUUAAAAUACAUUUUAGUUGUUCAGGAAUGGUUACUUGACCCCCAAACCUUACUUUUUUAAAGAAGCAAUCAAAAAACACAAUGCAGUGAGAUGCUUUCUAUAUGCAGCUACCUUUUACAUUUAUGCAGUUGAAGAAUAACUGAAGACUAAUUUGUUUCUGUAAAAUGUAGGCACAAUCUCUUCAUUAUUGGGGAACAAGGAAAAAGACAAUGCUGUGUGUUUCUCUUAAAUGCUUUCACUUCUUUAUUAUCCUUUGUCUGUGGGCCGCCUGGGUAAUAAUUAUGAAAUUAGACUUCUUAUAUUCAAAUUUCAGUUAUUUUCAAUUAAAAAAAAACACUCAUCCCCAGUUCUAGGAAUAAGUGAAAAAAGAUCUCUGAGCAAAGAUAAAACAGCAGUAAUUAAGUCCAUAAAUUUUAGCCUCCCCAAACCUGA